AUGAUGCUCUCACGGCCUCAGCUGCUAUCCGUCCUCGCGUUCCUCGCGUUGGCCCAAGCCAGCUGGCUCGAUGGCUUCAGCCUCAUAAACCGACAGAACGGAAUAGUGAAUGCCAUAGCCGCCGUCGAAUCCUCGUCGGACUUGGUGCCGUCAGAUACAGCGAAGAAUACUGGAGACAGCAAACCCACGAUUACAUCGCCCACCCCGACACCCUCGGCGUCCCCGUCCAAAUCAGCAUCAGCAUCACCAACACCGACUCCCACCACGACUCCCCCAACUACCAAGCCUACAAGCACACCCCCCACAUCUUCAGAGGACUCGGAAACCCCUUCGGCUACCACUUCGCCAGACGCAAAGCCUACGACCGAAUCCAAGCAGCCCCCUAAGAGCACUAAGGAGGUCACCUCAACGCCGUCCGUCAACGUGAUCACCCAGGUUUUGACUGUUAGUGGCUCGGUCGUCACAUCAGUCUCCUCAUCCACCAAUACCAAUUCCGCAUCGGCCGCUACCAAUGAAGCAUCCCUUGCAGGAAACGGCGAGAAAUCCUCAGGAGGCAUGAGCUCAAAGACAAAGAACACUGUCAUCGGCGUUGUCGUCGGUGUAGGCGGUGCCAUCAUACUCGCAGGCCUGGGUGUCGUAGCUUGGAGGAUCUGGGGCCGCAAGAAGAAGGGAGAUGAGAGCGAUGACCUGAUGGGUUACAGGGCAAGCAGCGCCGCAGGGGAGAAGACCACCGCCCAGGGACCAGCAGCAAACCCGUUCCAGAGCACAUUAGAGAACUACCACAACCCCGCGAGGAACGUUAACGCGUCGUCGAAUUUCUAG